AUGUUCCGCCACUUUCAGAUGCCCCCGCCUCCCAAUGGGAACACCGCCCAGUCCGAUGCCGCCGGGAGGCCCAAGGACCGUACCCGCCGGGCAUGCGAGCGAUGUCGCCAGAUGAAAAUCAAGUGCGAUGGUGCCACCACCUGCAACCAUUGCCGCACCUCUUUCAAUGACUGCGUCUAUCCGGAACCACGUCGCAAACGAAAAGCUUCCCCGCAUUUCGACCGUCUGCAGGAGUUGGAGAAGAGGGUUAAGGCUAUGGAGGAGUCCUAUCAAACCAUUUCUGCCGUCAAAGACUCGCCUCCGUCCGACAAGUCCUCCACUCAACCCCAUCCCUUGUCGGCAACCGGCGCCAACGAUCCCGAUACCGACCCAACAGAUCCCCGGGCUCAGGCGCGGCCAAGCCAAGGUGAAGCCCGAUUUGGUGUCUCCUCAGCCGACCGAGCCUUUAUUGAGCGUCUCAAGGCCGAGUUGGGAGACUGGCCCGGGGCCGAUUUCGACAGUCGGCUACGCAUCAGGGAGAAACCAGGCGUCAAGCUGUUCCAGUCGGCCAACCCAGCGCCCCGGGUUGUCGCUCUGCCACCGCGCGAACGGGCGGAGCAUUUGAUCAACAUCGCUUUGGACGCCAGCGUGCUCUACCAUGUGGUGCACCGACCAACGUUUGACUCGGCCUUUGAAUUGCUCUACAGUUUGGAUCGGAGCGACUACGGGGAGGGGGAAAUGAGGCAUAUCCCGCUGGUCUACGCCCUCAUGGCCUUGGGUUGUCUAUUCGAGCGGGUAGCCGAUGGCUCGUCGGAGAGCGGAGAUGACAUGACCGCGGAGAGGACAAAUUACUUUGCGACGUGCCGUGAUCUAGUGGACUUGCAUGACUGCAGCGACAUAGUGACCCUACAAGCCAUCUUUUACAUGAACCUUUUUAUCCUGAGCACAGAGAGACUCUCGCCAUGUUACACGUGCCUUUCCCACGCCUUUUCCUUGGCCGUUCGCAUGAACUUACAGCUACCAAAUUCGAGGGACAGCCUCAUUGUCGCGGAAAUCAAGCGACGGCUUUUCUGGUCUCUGCGACAGCUUUUGAUGGUUGUCGCGUCGAUGUGUGGCUAUCCGCAGCCAAUUCGUAGCACCGAGGUUGACAUUGAACUGCCUCUGGAUCUGGACGAUAACGACCUCAAGUCGACCAGAAUAUCACAGUCUUUGCAGGACCCUGCCUUGAUCCGGAGUAUGUCCGGGUCUGUGGCUCUUUUAAAGCUACAUAAUAUCCUCGAUCGGAUUGUGCAUGAGCUGUAUCCAUCGGGGGGCGUCCGGCGAAAAACUAAUAGUGGGUCGAUGAGCCACCUGGUUAGCAACGAAAUCGUUACGCAGCUCGAAGGUGAGCUACAGAAGUGGGCUGCAUCGCUACCGCUGGGCUAUAAACUGGGGAGAAGCCGAUAUGCCCCUCACUUGGAAAAGGCCAAGUAUGAGCUGUGGAUGACAUACUCCCACGUCCAGAUUCUGCUCUAUCGGCCGUUCCUACACUACUUUGUCGACAGCACUGAAGGUAACGGACACGCCGAGCAUGGAUUCCAUAAAUAUGCCUCGGCGUGCGUUGAUGCCAGUCGCAAUCUCAUCCAUCUGACGGAGGACAUGUACCGGGAUGGGCUGCUCUAUGGUGCGCACUGGCGCAUUGCCUACAUGGUUUGCACGGCCGGGUUGUCACUAGUAUACGUGGUGGUUGGCUCCAAGAGCCCCGACACUGUCAAGGCGCUGAAGAUCGACCUAAACACGGCCAAGCGCAUGUUGAUGUGCCUCACCCCUUACAGCUCCCAUUCCCGCCGCCUUCACGUGGCAUUGACGGUCCUGACAGCUACAUUUACCAAAUCGGAUCACGGCUCGCAAUCUCAAAGUCCGAAUGAUACGGUCGAGGUGGGCUCAGAAAGACCCAGUGAGCCGUAUACCGGCGGACUGGCGGAGCACGCCUUUGACGCUUCCGCCCAGAGGAACCAGAAAUACAUCGGCCCUGUCAUGGAAGAGACAGUUGCGCCCGAUCCGAAUGUAUACCCGCGCGGCAUGGAGACGCAUACUUCGCAGGCCACCGCGACGGAGACCUUUCCCCUUGUUCCUGUUUCCCAACCCCCCAUGACCCAUUUGGAUUCGACCCCGGUAGCGUCAGGGUAUGCGGUUCCUUCGCUCCCCGCCAGUGUGCCGGGUGCAACCAUGGCAACGCCGGCGCCCGAGAACGCCACCCCCCAAUCAGCUGAACGCGUGAUGGAGGCCCUGUCCGGGGGGGCUCCCACUUAUGGACCGGAGCCAGGACUCUCGGACCAGACGUACUACCUGGAGGCACGGCCCUUUAAUCUGCAGCGACCCACGGAGGGCGAGGACUACCUGUUUGGGCGCGAGUUUGGGGAUUUUGACGGGAUGACGGGAGAUUUACUGAGCUUCGACUAUCUUUUUUAG